CGGCUUGUACCGAAGGGUCCGUUUCAGACGACACCAUGCUCGACUUUCGUAAAGGGACUAAAAGUAUGCGCUCCGAGCACCUCCUCUCCUCAAACUUCCAUACACCACAGGGCAUUACAGCUUGAUGCUUAUGAAUGGGCCCAUUAGCAACAAGAGUAUAGGUGGAGGGCACGCUCUCUACAUGUAUGCUUUGGCCCCCAAUAUGGAUGCUCCGCCCCCAAUAUGGCCAAGCAAACGCAGCCUUGGGUGUGCAGCCCACUGUGCGAUGACAAUUAAUGUUGCAGGCAUUUUGACCAAGGCAAUGCCGACGUUAGUCGUGCCCUGACGUAGAAUCCGCUGUUAAAGCAGCUGCAGAUGUGAUCAUGGUUUCACCUCUUCCUGAAAUCCGUAAGCCUCAAUAACAGUCAGACGAGAGUCAGGUGGCGUUCACAAUGUUUCUUUCCUCUACUGUCGGCGCAGCACUGAUUGUCCUUGCUGCCGCACAAGCAAGCUAUGACUUUAUCGUUGUGGGAGGCGGCACAGCAGGAGUCGCUGUCUCUGCCCGCCUAAGCCAGUACCUGCCUGACUCCUCGAUUCUGAUUGUUGAAGCGGGACCGGACGGGCGUCAAAUUCCUGGCAUCUAUAUUCCCGGUCGCAAAGGGUCUACGCUAGGCACGACUUAUGAUUGGAACUUCACCACGACGCCGCAACCCUAUGCCAAUGGUCGAGUGAUCCCACAGAACCGCAGGAAAGUACUCGGUGGCAGCUCAGCGUUGAACCUGCUCUCUUGGGACCGGGCUACUGCAGCGGACUACGAUGCCUGGCAGCAGCUUGGCAAUCCGGGAUGGAACUGGUCCAGCAUGCACGCCGCAAUGACUGCGGCAGAGAGCUACCAGCUCACGCCAACGAAUGGCUCAGCUAAUAUCCUCGGCGUCGGCGAACAUGGUCCUAUUGAGUUUCUGAUCAACAGGUUCUCACCACCGCAGCAGGAGCAAUUCUUCCCAGCUAUGCAAAAUCUGGGCUUACGCCAGACGUAUUCGUUCCUCGACGGUGAUAUGCUGGGUUGGAUGCGUCAUACCAGCAACAUCCUUGACAGUAACUACACCAGAUCUUACAGUCCGAACUACCUUGCCAGUGCCGGUCCGAGAUUGGAUGUCAUGGUCAACACCACGGUGCUGAAGGUAAAUCUGGGCAAUAGCUCUCACGUGACGGGUGUGACGCUCAUGAAUGGCACAACCGUUACCGCGAGGAAAGAAGUCAUCUUGUCUGCGGGUUCGAUUCAAUCGCCUCAGCUGCUUGAGUUGUCAGGCAUCGGCAAUGCUACGAUUCUUAGCGCAGCCGGUAUCCAACCACAAGUCGAUCUUCCAGGCGUAGGUACCAACCUUCAGGACCACAUUCGAAUAACCACAGCCUACCGACUCAGACCCAACUAUACAUCUCCCGACAUCCUUCGGUUCAACGCAUCUUAUGCGGCACAGGAGCUUCAGAACUGGACCCAUAACAUCUCCGGCUUCUACGACGAGACCGGCUCCGGCUAUGCUUAUAUGACAUGGCCCCAAGCUGUUGGCGACCCCGGUGCCGCAGUCCUCGACAGUCUCGCAACAGCGGCAGCCUCGUCCGCGAACGUGGUGGACCAGCGCAAACUCCAAAACCUUCUCAAUCUCACCGCGCGAGUGCCCCAGCUGGAGAUCCUCUUCAGCGAUGGCUACCUAGGGAAUAAGGGCUAUCCGGCCGUCAAUAGCACGCUUUACGGCGCCGAGUUCUUCGCCAUGAUCGCCAGCAUCCAGCACCCCUUCUCCAGGGGCAGCACGCACAUCAACGCCUCAAACCCUACAGGCCAUCCCAUCUUCCACCCCAACUUUACGGAGUGCCGAAUCUGAGAGUGGUCGAUGCAAGCGUGAUCCCCAUUUGCAUCAGUGGCCAUAUACAAACGGCUGUCUAUGGCAUCGCCGAAAGAGCGGCACAGAUCAUCGCGGCACAGUGGUCAUAGGAUCAUCCAUGUCG